CCACACACCAGCCAAGGAGACUUACCCAGGUAGCCUUAUUCAGACCAUGCACCUGCAGCCCAUAUCGUUUAUCGAAAUUGAGGGAUCUGGACGUUGGACAAGAAGCAUGCUUCCACGAAACUGGAAAGAACGAUUUUAUUGUCAGUUGGAGUGUGACCAAGUCUUGAAAUUCCUUCCUAGCUUUCACGAUUUCCAUUGAAGAUCUCAUUGGAAAGGAGCCUGUAUUGAAGAACAUGUAUAAGGCGAUGGCCCCAAGAGAGUGCAUGCACCGACCACCAAGUUGAAUCUCCAAUAAACUGUUGACUCCAUGGCACCUAGGUUUAAGCCCAAAAAUGUGCGACGCUGCAAAGCGGAAUUAGCGACAACCCUGCACUUUGUCCUCUAGCACUUCUCUUCAGCAUGGCUCUCGCGGACGAAGUGUUCUGUGAUAUGAAAGCCACCGUCCGAUAUUGCGAUGAACCUAUCCAGAAAGACAUGAUCAAGCUGGAUGUGACAGGGUCUGCGAAAAAGCUUCCCGUCCUUCGCAGCUUCUACACCAAUAAAGAAAAUAAAGCAUGGUCUUACGCCUCCUGUCACACCCAGCUCAUCCGCCUUGGAUAUCGAAUGGGGUUUGAAAAGUCUGCCACAUCAUACGCCAUCCGACUACAAUGUGCUAAUUUGCUUUGUGCUACUGUUGCACCUGCUCAGGCAGGUAAGAUUUUAGGACAAAAAGGGCCUUCCGUUUUACAAAAGUCAUAUGCGAGUACUAUCUCUGGAAUUGAUGUUCAAUCCUUGUACCAGAAAAAGCCAAUGCAUACCUCGGAUAUCGCGAAGAUGACGCGUCUCAAAUUCUCGAACAAUCUGCGCAAAGGCGCUCCAUACAGGCUCCUGAGGAAAGAACGGCUCGCCGCUCUACAGACAGAAGAAGUGCAGGAUCUGAGUCGUAGGCGGGAACGAGGUACUGUUUCGAAACAACAACUUGAUGUUGCAAAAGCCAGAGCAAAAAGAGAGUAUAUUGCAAAGCUACGCCAAGACUAUUUCGAACGCAGUUCGAAUGAGUACGCUGAACUGGCCCUGGACGACCUUGGUCCAUGCCGAGCACGUGUUGUUGAGUUGAUGUACUGUCAUUGUUAUCACAUGACCUUUGGUCACGUGCUAGAUUAGUCAGCUCCUUCGGAGCCCAAAAGGCUCAGCGGAGCUGAGCCUUUCAAUCAAGC